AUGACCCGUGGCAACCUUCGAGCGCUCGAGGUUAGCAGUCUCUUCGCAGCAACGCAUGAUCGGCUAGGUAAGGUGCUGGAGGCCGUGUUUGACUUGAAGAUCGAAAAGGGAGAAAGCACGGCUGUGUACGCAGGCAAAGCUCCAGCCGCAUCUGCGGCUGCCGAAGCUGAAGGGGUUGUACUUCCAGAUGUUGCCCGAGGAUAUCUUCUGCGUCGCUUCGCCAAGUUGAACGUUGAGAUAAAGGCCGUCGUCAUGGCCGCAGCGCGACAGACAACAUACCCAAAGAACCUGUUCCAGGCGGCCAACCAGACAGGGACCUACCAUGUGGAGGACGAGGGCUACAUCAACGAUGAAGAGAGCCAGGCCGACGAGAAUGCCUUUGAGGUUUUUGUGCCAGAGGCUGGAUAUGGACCAGAUGAUGAAUUUGAAGAACAAGAUGCAGUGGACGCUCUCCUCACCUGGAAACAAACGAGGGCUGGCGUCGCCCAAACGAAGCUGGCGAGAGGUUUUGGUGGGCGCAGCGGCUCAGGCUCAGGCAGAGACUUCAAGAAGCUGGAGAGCCGUGUUGCAAGCAAGGAAGGGGGGCAGCAAGGAAAGGAUAGCUCAACAACACCGAGUACCAAAGUGAAUCUGGUUUUGAUGAUUUGGUCCAACGACCACGUCGACGAGGAGAUGCUCCUGAGCAUACAUGGAGUGAUGGAAACGUCGCGUCGCAUACCUGGGGACCGCCUGUCAGGACAAGUGAUGAUGGCCAUGGUUGCUGGUUGGGAGUAUGUGGAGGGACUGCUGGCAUGUGCAAGGCAGGCAGGCGAUCAGAGCCUUCCUCCAGCAGCGACCUAUGUGAGGCAGGGCAACGAGCGCCAUCAGUCCUCUGGAAACACCGAGGAGAAGCUCAUCGACGCCUGGGCUAUGAGUGGUCAGGGCAAACCAUCUUCUACUUGA